CCCUGGCGCGACCCCGCCCUCAGUGAGACGCCGCGGCCCUACGGGCGGGGGCUCCGGUCCGGGCUUUGGCUGUGGCCCCGGUGUAGUAGCGGGGGCGGCGGCCGGGGGCAGCGCGGCUCCUUCCCUUGUUGUGUGUGUCGGUGCCUCCUCGCCAUCUUGUUGCAAAGCCCUUUCUUGUCGGCGGGACUCCGGGGGCCGCGGGGCGGGAGGCAUCGGAAGGGAGGAAGAGGAAGAAGGAAGGAAGAAGGCAGUGCCGCCUUUUUUAUUUUUUGCAUCAUUUUUUUUAAUUUGCAAAUUUUUAUUUUGCAAAUAUUUUGGGAGACAUUGAUUUUUCUCCCCGUGCUCCCCCGUUCUUUCCUGAGGAGUGCGCUGCGCCGCCCAGCCCUGUCGCCCCCCGGAGGUGAUCCCUCCCUCCUGCCGGCCCGCCAGCCUGACCUGUGCUUGGCUCGCGGGCCGCAGCCUCGGCCCCGGCGCGCCCCCGACUGCUCUCGGCGCGAUGAGCAUAGAGACGCUACUGGAGGCGGCCCGCUUCCUGGAAUGGCAAGCGCAGCAACAACAGAGAGCACGUGAGGAGCAGGAGCGCCUUCGCCUGGAGCGGGAACGUGAGAGAGAGCAGGAGCAGAAGCGGGCAAGUAGCCUGGCCAGGUUGGCCCAUGCCCUGCCUGUGGAGGAACCCCGAAUCGAGGCUCCACCACUACCUUUGUCUCCACCGGCACCGCCACCCGCACCGCCGCCACCGCUUGCCACUCCUGCUCCACUGACUGUCAUUCCUAUUCCUGUAGUGACCAAUUCCCCGCAGUCUCUACCCCCGCCUCCACCUCUGCCCCCCGCAGCCCAGCCUCUUCCCCUGGCACCUCGUCAGCCAGCCCUGGUCAGCACCCCUGGACUCAGCAUUAAGGAGCCAGUCCCCCUGCCCACCAGACCACAGGUGCCCACCCCUGCUCCCCUACUGCCUGAUGCGAAGACCACAGUUGCACCCACUGGCAGCCCCAAGCCUUUGCAGCCCCUCCCUACGCCCAUCCUGACCAUUGCACCACACCCUGGAGUCCAGCCGCCGCUGGCUCCUCAGCAACCACCCCCGCCCACGCUUGGGACCCUGAAGUUGGCACCAGCUGAAGAAGCCAAAUCCAGUGAACAAAAGAAGAGGCCUGGAGGGAUCGGAACCAGAGAAGUCCACAACAAAUUGGAGAAGAACAGGAGGGCCCAUCUGAAGGAAUGUUUUGAGACCCUGAAGCGCAACAUCCCCAACGUAGACGACAAGAAGACUUCGAAUCUGAGCGUGCUGCGGACGGCGCUGCGGUAUAUCCAGUCCCUGAAGAGGAAGGAGAAAGAAUAUGAGCAUGAGAUGGAGCGGCUCGCCCGGGAGAAGAUCGCCACGCAGCAGCGGCUGGCCGAGCUCAAGCAGGAGCUGGGCCAGUGGAUGGAUGUGCUGGAGAUUGACCGUGUGCUCCGGCAGACGGGCCAGCCUGAGGACGACCAGGCCUCCACCUCCACAGCCUCUGAGGGUGAGGACAACGUUGACGAGGAGAUGGAGGGCGACCGGGCAGGCCUGGGCCCACCUAAGCUGAACCAUCGUCCCCAGCCGGAGCUGCUGAAAUCCGCCCUGCCAACCCCCAGCACCGCCGCUGCGCCUCUGCCUCCCCACCCGCACCCUCACCCCCACCCAGUGGCUCUGUCUCCUGCGCACCUCCCUGUGCAGCAGCAGCCACCACAGCAAAAGACCCCUCUGCCAGCCCCUCCUCCCCCACCUGCCACCCCAACCCAGACGCUAGUGCCAGCCCCAACCCAUCUGGUGGCCACGGCUGGGGGCGGCUCUACAGUCAUUGCCCACACAGCCACGACCCAUGCCUCAGUCAUCCAGACUGUAAACCAUGUUCUGCAGGGGCCAGGGGGCAAGCAUAUCGCCCACAUUGCCCCCUCCGCCCCCAGCCCUGCUGUGCAGCUGGCACCUGCCACACCCCCCAUUGGCCACAUCACAGUGCACCCUGCCACCCUCAACCAUGUGGCCCACCUCGGCUCCCAGCUGCCCUUGUACCCACAGCCUGUGGCCGUGAGCCAGCCUGUGGCCGUGAGCCACAUCGCCCACACCCUUUCGCACCAGCAAGUGAAUGGCACAGCCGGGCUGGGGCCCCCAGCCACUGUCAUGGCAAAGCCAGCUGUGGGGGCCCAGGUGGUGCACCACCCCCAGCUGGUGGGCCAAACAGUGCUCAACCCCGUGACGAUGGUUACCAUGCCCUCCUUUCCGGUCAGCACACUCAAGCUGGCUUGAGGAUGAGGCCACUUAGGCCCCCAGCGGGGGCAGGGAAGGGGACCUGACUGCCCCUUUUCCCACCCACCAGCUCCACACAUUCCAGCCAGGCCCAGGCCCGCCCCACCCACAACACCCCCAGGCCUCCUUAGGGGAAGGGGGUGCAGAGACUCUGAGCCAGGGCAAGGGAGGGCCCCCCCCCAGGGAGUUGGCUGCAGGCAGGAAGUCAUCCUACUUCAGGGGGACUUGGUAGACAUGAGGAUGCUUUGGUGGCCGUUCCUGCCUACCCAGCCUGGUGCCAGUUGUGGUGCCAAUCCGUGUCCCUGCCGUGUCCCCAGGAAGUCUGCACUGUGGCUCAUGUCUGGCUUCUCCUUCCCUGGCCUGCCUUCCUGUGCUGUUGCUGCUAUUGCUCUGUCUGGUGAGGUGGCUGAGCUCCCUGGCCUCCCCUCCCCAGCCUCAGAGUCCUGUGGGACCUCUGUAUAGGAAACGGGGGCCCCAGAAAGAUGGGAAAUGGGUGGGGAGGGGUCCACCUCUGAGUACAGGUGACAGAUCCUAGGAUCUGGAGUCAGGCUAGGACAAGUGAAUGCCUGGGCCUGGGACACUCUGCCCUGCCUGUGGUCACCGUGAUUGGCUACAGUAGAACCUGUUCAGAAUGAGUCUCAACCAACAAUAAACAGAAUGCAGGCUGUUGUCACAAGUCCUGAGCCUGCCUGAGCCUGCCCCUGGGCUGGGGCUUCCCUCGUGCUUCCCCGACCCCGGGUUAGGUACUGCCUGCAGCCUGGGAGGCAUGGACCAGCAGUGGCUCUAGGAGCUAAGCCACACUGCUGAGGUAUGUGAGCUGAAAUCCCAGGGCUUUUCCCAUCUCCCCUCUCAGUGGCGAUUUUGAGACCCCUUGCUGGUGGGUGCUGCAGUGUCCAUGGCGGGAAGGGCCUUCGCUGGUGAAGCUAAGGCUCAGCUUGUGUUUGCUUAAGAGUGAGGGUGCUGUGUCUCCUGCCUCUGCUUUUGCAGACCGCUUUGGCUUCUUUUUAAGUGGAUAUUUAUUACAAGUGGCCUUGUGUCAGACACUCAGUCACACAUGUGCACAUCCAGCUCCUCACUGGACACUCACCAAUGGCCUUUCUGUGUGGGGCAGGAAGCAAGUGUCCCUAAGGUGUGACGUUUGCACUGGGGACUUAGGCAGUUGUGGGGUCAGAGGGGAGGACUCAGGGUCCUUCCGAUGACACAUUGUGAGCGGGCACUGAGGCCAGCGAAGGUCCUGAAUACAUUCUCCCUUGAUAAUGACUCCUCAGGUGCCUCCAAGCUCACAGGUCCUGGCCCUGGAAACCUCCCAGGGCCCUUUAUUAUUAUGAUUUGUCUCCUGGGGCGGGGAGAGUGGCUAGGACCAAGCCUCAACCCCAGCACAGGAAUCCCAACAAACUGGCUGCCUUCCUGUGGCUGCAGCCAGCCACCUCUACCCACACUCUGACUCUGGGGACCACCUCCACUCUCUGCUCUGUUGUGACAAAGGGGCAGAGUCUGGUGCUGGCUGGGUCAGACCACUUGUCCCAUUCACCCCUCUCUGUGUCUCGAGGCCAGUUCCAGAGUUCACAGCAUCGUGUUGGCCCACAGGCCUGCACAGAUACCUCAUCAUCCACCCAGCCCUCCCCCCCCAGCAGGGGUUCCCCCAGGUCUAGUGCCGAAUGACUAUGUCCAGAUUGGUGGUGAUGGCUGUUGUUGCUGUUUUUGUUGUUUGUGACUGCUGUGUGCCCAAGUGGGCAGCCACCUCGUAGCCCUCUCUUGGGCAUCUCCCCUUUGAGAGCUGUUAGGACCACAUCUGUCCUCACCCCGUGGGACCGCCUGGCCCUUCCCUUCCUAUCCCUUCCAGCCUGGGACACACACACACAUAUACACACACACCUUACCUCUCAUGCGUGUUUUACCUGUGCUGUUUGGAGUGGCUCACUGCCUGGGAUCUUUACCUCGGGGAGGAAAGGGGGAGAGUGGUUCCCUGGGGGCCAAAGAAGGGCAGGGGAGGCCUGGAGGGUUGUCGGGUCACCAUAGUCUCUCGAGGAACAGCUGCUUCUCCCCCCCACCCCUAUCCCAGGGUCCCACUCCCAAUCCCCAAAGAGGUGGCCCUUGUUUACAGUGAGGACUUGGUCACUGUGUCUCUGUUUCCUGAAAUAUGAAUUGUAGCGACCCCAGACUGUAGAGAUUUUUAUGUGUUUGGGUACAUCUGCUGUGUGGGAAAAAAAAAAAACUACAAAAACCCUAAUUUUGUACAUAUUGUAUUUUUACUAUUGAACUGUACUCUAGUGGCUGUUCAUGCUCUGAGUUUAGGUAUUGAGACAUGAAUACUAUCCAUGUAAUAAGCACUUGCCUGGAAUAAAAUAUAAAACUGAAUAAAUCUGCACUGAAACCUGA